AUGGCGGAAAGUCGUGACAAAGAGUUAGUUAGAUCACGUGGCACAAUUAAAGGUCAAUUAACGAACUUUGAGACUUUUGUAAAUAAAUGUAAACAAGAUAAGAAUCUUUUGAUUGAAUUGGAAAGUCGGUUGGAUAGGGCAUUAGGAUUAUUGGAUAAAUUUGAAGAAGUCCAGAGUGAGAUAGAUCUUAUGGCCUCAGAUGAGCAAUUUGUAAAGAAUCUUUCUGAUGAAAGAAAUAACUUCGAAAAUUCCUUUUAUAGGGUGAUCUCAUUGGCAAAAAAUAUGUUACAAGAAAGUGAAAGUCAUUUGGUAGGGUCGCUGGUGGGGUCUCAGAUAGCUUCUAGCUCUAGUAAUCAUAGCAAUAAUGGAGAAUUGGCUCUGCAAGCGAAACCAAAGCUCCCGUCUAUUCCUCUCCCAAAUUUCAGCGGGGCAGUGGACAUGUGGAUGGAGUAUAAAGAAACCUACGAAUCGUUGGUACACAAUAAUAAUGCACUUUCAAGUAUUGAAAAAUUUCAUUUUUUAAAACGAACAUUACAGGGUGAUCCCGAAAAGAUGGUAAAAAUGCGUAAAAUGACGGCAGAAAAUUAUGAGGUUGUUUGGAAGUUGUUGUGUGAUCGUUAUGAUGAUAAACCUUUGUUAGUUGGCUUUCACAUAGAUUCAUUAUUAGAAUUUCGGUCAUUAUCAAAAGAAUCUGCUACAGAUUUACGAGAUAUGUUGGAUACGAUAAUUGAAAGUUUGUUUGCGUUGGAAAAGCUUGAUGUUGAGUCAAAUUCAUGGGAUCCGUUCUUGGUACAUUUAAUGUCGAAAAAGUUAGAUCAAUUUUCAUUCAGCAAAUGGGAAGAAAUUAGACCUAAAAAAGAAAUAGCGACUCUAGAGCUAUUUAAAGAUUUUUUAAGGAAUAGGAUAGAUAGCUUGAAAAACAUUGAAAGGAUGCGAAAAGAAAAGAACCCUAGUGACAAUAAAGGAAAAAAUGGACAAGCUAAUUGGAAAAACAAAUCAAACAAAACAUUAGUUGCAGUGGAAACAGAUUCCUGUUGUUUCUACUGUAAAGAAAAGCAUUUUAUCUAUAACUGUUCCAGUUUUUUGAAAUUAAAUACGUAUGGUAGAUAUAAACAAGCACAAAAAUUGGGUUUAUGUUUGAAUUGUUUACAAAAAACUAAUCAUAUUAGUAAAAAUUGUCAAUCUGGAACCUGCAGGAAAUGUGGGCGGAAACAUAAUACACUCCUCCAUUACGGUAGUGGGGGGUCAGAAAAUGAAGGCACUGGAGUAAAGUGUCAGGAAGGUGUUGGUCAACUUUCUGCUGUACAGAUCUGCGAAGAAGGUGCCACUGCCUCUGGUAAUAAUGGUCAUCAAUCAUCAGUUGGUCCAUCAAAUGGUAUGUCACUUAGCGUUAAUUCUGUGUGGUUGGAAAAUGGAGCUGCGGUUCCUGGUGAGGUAUUGUUAUCAACUGCAUUAGUUCAAAUACUUGAUGGGAGUGGAAAAGCUUGUACAUGCAGAGCCUUGUUAGAUUCUGGGUCACAGCCCAAUUUAAUAAGUGAAGAAGUGGUAAAGCGGUUAAACUUACCUAGGAAGUCAGUAGAACUUACUUUAGCAGGAGUUGGAAGCAAAGCAGCACAAGUAAAAUAUAGGUGCAACGGUACAGUUGAAUCAAUUGGGGUGGGCUUUAGAAAAAAUGUAUCUUUUCUGAUAGUUCCACAAAUUACUGGAAUGAUUCCCAGUCAGAAUAUACCUACCACAAGGUUAAAUAUUCCUAAACAUCUGCGAUUGGCAGAUCCAGGAUUUCAUAAACCUGGAAAGAUUGAUCUCCUCUUAGGAGUGGAUAUAUUUUAUGAAUUACUGUGUGUUGGACAAAUUCGGUUGGGUCCUAACCUUCCAUUGCUUCAGAAGACAAAGUUGGGCUGGCUGGUUAAUGGAAAAAUGAGUUUUAUUGGAAACACAUCUAAUAUUACUAGUUGUAAUCUUAGUGUAUUAGACAUCAGUCAACAAUUGGAGAAGUUUUGGCAAAUAGAAGAAGUACCAGAUGGACAAGAGGUGCUUUCAAAGGAAGAUAUGGAAUGUGCUGAAUCAGCAGAAGAAGCAAUAAGCUUGUGCAAGGAAGUGGAUCAAGUUUUAAAAAGUGGAGGUAUGGAGUUGAGAAAAUGGGUAACAAACAGUAAGGAGGUGCAGCUCGCAUUGGCAUGUUCAGAGGAUGGUUCUGGGAUACUGCAGUUAAUACUCAACGGAAAGAUCGAUGGAAACAGAAGAAUUGGUAGGAAGAAAUAUUCAUGGCUCCGAAAGUCCGAAGGGCUGGUUUAUCAGCAGAUGAAUUAUUAUAUGCCGCGCAAGAACGAGAACGAUAUCGGCAAAUUAUCAUGGAAACUAGUCACUCCUAAAAUUUGGGCACUAAAGAAGAAGAUAUUUGGUGAACCGGCCCUCAUCCCCGUAGAAAUAUCUCGAUUUAUUCCAUGA